UCAGCCUCCCCUCCCACCGUUCAAAGUCAGCUUGAGAAUUUUACUGUGGUGGGGAAGUUUUUCUGGACCAAAAUUACACACAGUGAACGGUGAAAAGCGAGAGAAAAAUGUGUUCAUUGCUAUGUUGUAAAGAGGAAAAAGAAGUUGGAAGGCAUCAGGCUUCUGGGGAAUGCCCUUACUGUGGAGGAAAAGUGGAAGCAGUUGAUGUUGCAAUUCAAUGGAGAUUUUGCUUUCUGCCCUUAUGUUUCCCAUUCAAGAGGAAGUAUUUUUGUACUCUUUGUUCAAGGCGUUUGGUUCUGGAUAAUUAUUAGAAUUCGGAUCACAGAUCAGUUUCAGUAUGCGGGUUGAUGUUGAAUCAAAUGGGUACU